CAGCCUUGGUCAUCGAUAUACGCAUCACGACGGCAUCCCGGGCCCCUUUUUUUUCUAUGCUCCGCCUACCUCUAGCCUACGCGUCUUCCCUUUACUUCCCCUGCUACCGGCCUUCUCACUCCGCCUUCAUUCCUUCUCUCCUUGUUGAUGUCUGAAGACAGCCCAGCCAAACCCCCUGCGGGAUCGAUGUCGCGGCCAUGCUGAGCUGUCAGGUUACGACAGUCGAUUGAGGGCGCGCGUCAGAUCGGUGGUGUGUCUAGGUUUAGAAAUAUGCCAAGGUCAGCGGCUAUGCGAGUGCGAGGUAGAGCCCACAUAUAUCUACUCGGAGACGGGCAGACGUUGGUGUUUGCUUGUUUGUUUGCUUGUUUGUUUGCUUGUUUGUCUGCUUGCUUGCUUGUCUGUUUGUAUCCGUGUUCGUUGGGAGUCGCCUCUACCUGUACUUACUCUACUUCCUACUUUUUCCAAUCCCAAGUCUCCGAGUUCCAUUCUCCUAGAGCACUCUAACCAACUUCCCUGAUAUAAAGAAAGUCGACGGCCUCACCACCCUGCCUCCCUUCUCUUGAAAUCACUACUACAUACACAUCCCACCACCCCGGACAUGUCCACCCAACCAACAGCCCCCGGAGUGCCCGGGGGCGGCAUGCCGCCGGCGCCCCGGUACCCGUUCGUCGUCUUCGGCCCCGGCGCCAACUGCACGCUCGAGCUCUGCCCGGUCGAGAUGAGCGUGUACGGCUACCGCCCUUCGCUGGCGGCCAACUACGCCUUCAUCGCGAGCUUCGCCCUCGCCGGCGCCGCCCACCUGGCCCUGGGCCUGCGCACGCGCAGCUGGUGGCUCAUGGGCGCCAUGUGCGCCGGCUGCGUCGUCUGCAUCCUGGGUUAUGUCGGCCGCAUCAUGCUCUACUACAACCCGUGGAGCUUUGCCGGCUUCAUGGUCCAGAUCGUACUCGUCGGAUCCGGCCCCGUCUUCUUUUGCGCCGCUAUAUACGUGACGCUGUACAAGCUCAUAAUCUUCCUCGACCCGACCCUCUCCCGCCUCCCGCCCCGGUCCUACAUCUGGACCUUCCUCUUCUGCGACGUGGUCGCCCUGGUGCUCCAGGCCACGGGCGGCGGCCUGUCCACGUCAACGGGCGGCCGGUCCCAGGCCGGCGUCGACAUGGGCCUGGCCGGGCUCGCCUUCCAGGUCGCCACCAUGCUGGCCUUCUCCGCCAGCCUGGCCGACUACCUGGUCCGGUACCUGCGGUCGCCGGGCCGCCCCCCACUGGGCGCCCGCCUGAGGGUCUUUCUCUUCGCCCUCGGCGUCGCCACCGCCCUGAUCCUGGGCCGGAGCGCCUACCGCGUUGAGGAGCUGAGCAAGGGCUACUCGGGCCCGUCUAUCCGGAACGAGUCGCUGUUCAUUGGGCUUGAGGGAGUGUGA